GUAGUAGUCGUAGAAACAAAAAGAAGCACAAGAAUUAUCUUGUCUCCGAUUCCAUCAUUCUAUCCAUAACCAAUCUCUGUUACUCCCACACAUACCCACCGCCGACGCUACACAUGGCGGUUGCCAACGCUUGGGCUACGACGGGACACUCUGCCGUGCCUCCGCCGCAGCUCCGCCCCUCCUCCUCCGCCGCUUCCACCGAAAACCUCACCCCUCUUUUGAAGAAGAAGUUCUCACCCAAUUUACCCAAUAAGUCUAUCAUCAGAAGAAGCAGGAAAUCUAAGCUAUUCUGCCACUGCAGCAGCGAUUUUCAAAACAAUAAGAAUCACAGUGAGAGUGGCAGCAGCGAUUUGAGUUCUUCUUCGAGUUGCUCUUCAUCGUUGUGGGCGCCAUCAUCCGUGGAUUGGGAUUGGAAUAGGUGGACUCGCCAUUUUUCUGAAAUUGAACAGGCGGAGAACUACGCCUCUGUUCUAAAGUUCCAAUUAGAAGAAGCAAUAGAGAAGGAGGACUUUCAGGAAGCUGCUAAGUUAAAAAUAGCCAUAGCAGAGGCAACAUCAAAAGAUAGCAUCGCUGAAAUAAUGUCGCAGCUCAAGAGUGCAAUUGAUGAAGAACGCUACCAUGAUGCUUCGAGAUUAUGCCGAAAUACAGGAAGUGGGCUGGUUGGUUGGUGGGUUGGCUAUUCAAAAGAUUUGGAUGAUCCUUUUGGAAGAAUAAUUCGGAUUACUCCAGGGACUGGCAGAUUUAUAGGCAAAACUUAUAGUCCGAGGCAGUUGGUCACGUCGUCUCCUGGAACUCCCCUAUUCGAAAUAUUUGUGGUUAAAAAUGACGAUGGAAGAUAUAGCAUGCAGGUUGCAUUUCUAAAACAAACUAAAGGAAUUUCGGCAAAUUCAACUUCUUCAUCUGACAAAUCCACCAAGGGGGGGCUGUCAGCAGGUGAAGCCGAGAAUACAUCUGUGGUCGAUGUCAAGCUGGAAGACAGUGAAGCAGAAAAAGGCGAAGGGAAGAGCAUUGAUUUGGAAGGGGCUGCUGAAGAGGGAAUAAAGGGUGUUAUAAAUUUCCUCAAGGAAAAGAUACCCGAACUGAAGGUUAAAGUAAUGAGAGUCGAUGUCACUGAGGACAUAACUGAGGAUACUUUGAAGCAGUUCAUCGAAGAAGACAGUGAGAGCAGAACCGGCAAGGAUAUAGAAGAGGAUGCUACCGAAAUAGAUAGUAAUCAGCUGGAUCGGGUUUCUGCACAAGGAGAUAGCGACACAAUGGAAGAUGGAAACAACUUAGACAUGAAGCUUUACAUUGGUGGGGUCUUACAUAACAACGAACAAAUUCCUAGCAAGGAUGAGUUCAUUCGUGUCCCUGCUGAUAUUAAAGAUAUGGAGAGGGAUUCUUUUCUGUUGCAUAUUCCUAAGAUAGAUCAUGAUAGUGACCCCGAAGAAAAUGUCGCAUCUAAAGUUAAGGUGGCUGCGAUAGCUGCCCAAAGUGUUUCCGAUCUUAUGCCUUCUGAUAUUGCCAAGGCUUUCUGGAGUUCCGAGAAAGUUUCUCCUAAGAUUUCCAAAGAUGUACGUGAAAUCGUGAAGCUUGCAGUCGGCCAGGCACAGAAGCGGAAUAAGCUGUCCGAGUACACAGAUUUUAGUCGAAUUACUGCACCCAGUGGUGAUUUAGAUCCAUUUGAGGGUUUAUACGUUGGUGCUUUCGGCCCUUAUGGCACUGAAGUGGUGCAGUUGAGGCGCAAAUAUGGUAACUGGAAUACGAGUAGUGACAAGCAAUCUUCUGAUGUCGAAUUCUUUGAGUAUGUCGAGGCUGUCAAGCUGACUGGGGAUUUGAACGUUCCUGCUGGCCAGGUAACGUUUCGUGCUAAAAUAGGGAAGGUUAACCGUAAUGCCAACCGAGGAAUGUACCCACAUGAACUAGGAGUGCUUGCAAGUUACAGAGGCCAAGGAAGGAUCGCAGAAUUCGGAUUCCGGAAUCCCAAGUGGGUCGAGGGCGAGCUUCUUCAACUGAACGGCAAGGUAAGAUCCACCCCGUCACAGCUCUCACCAAACACGAAUUUGAUCUUGUCACGAUUUGCUUCUUCAAUUUUGGUUUUGCAACAACACAGGGCUUGGUGCCAUACGUGAAAGGUGCAGACCUCGGCUUCCUCUAUGUUGUCCCCGAGCAAAGUUUUCUCGUGCUGUUCAAUCGCCUGAAGCUACCGGAGUGAGGCGACGCCUACAAAAACCCGAUACACCACCGGAGUUAAGUGUGUUUUUUUUCUUUGUUUAAUUAUUAGAACAAUUUUGACCCUACAUUACACGUGUUUGAAAUAAGCUACUCUAUAGUUACAUAUAAUCUUAUACUUGUUAUGCUUAUACCUAUUAGGAAAUGUCAUCUUGCUCAUCUAUAUAUAUGGAAGUACAAGCGUUGCUCAAUGCAUGCUAGUACUGGCCUAAUGGUAGAGUGGUUAAUAUUUGAUAAUAAAAAAUUCAUGUUCGAGUUCA